AUGGAUAGAUACUUCAUUAAGAUUUCUGUUUAUGAUAAAAGUGAGCAAGCAGUAUUCGUCGUACUUGGUGAUGCUGACAAAGUAUUCGUCGUACUUGGUGAUGCUGACAAAGCUAAUGAGGAUGUUGGAGCUGAUCAUUGUGUCCCAAUUCCUCGAGCUCUACUUGAUGCAAUAGGGAAGACUUUCAAAUUCAUUGUGAAGAUCUCGGAUCAUAAUUUAUCAGGGAAGAUUCAGUCCAUAACUGUCACAAAGAUACUUCCACCUGAUGUUCCACAUCCUAAUGCACGCUUGGAAGAUGAGGGUAUUGCAGAAACCGCUAAUGAUAUUUUGAAGGCUGGAAGUGGGGGAGGUGAUGCUUCCGGAGGCGGUGAAGGUUCUCCAGGUGAUAAGGUUAGAAAAGCUUCUGGUGGUUUUGAAUCAGAUGAAACAAAGCGUACAAAGAGUGGCUAA